GCUUGAUUGAAAAUGAGUGAGGCUGAGACUUUCUGCCCCCCUUUCUUCACUUUUUAUCCUUAACAGAUCAAAGCUAUGCCACAACUGCUAUGAUUGAAGUCUAUUUACCAUGAAAGUGCAAGUUGUUCAUGUCCAGUGUCAGUGAUUUCAUCUAAAAACCUCUGUAUAGAAAGAGAUUGAAGAACAGCGCGCCGGCAUGCCGGUAAGCAUUGCUCUCAGCCUCGGCUAAAUUAACCGUGGCGGUAAUUGUUCAAUCACACAGACCAAAGCUUUAUGUCUGAAGGGUGCAUCGGGGCAGGCUGUUUAGAGCAGGGCUAAGAGUGAGCGUAUGGGUGUCUGGUUACAUUGGGGUCUGUCAAAGCGGGUUUUCUGUGUAUUGUACAAGGGAAACGGCGGACGUGCCUGCACUGGUGGGUGAGGAACGCUGUCCUCCACUGCGACUGACAGCUCUCAGCGAGCGCAGCAAAGUCCACCUGAUGAAAGCAGUUUCUUCCACAGUUUCUGCGUUUUCCUUUUAACAUGUCAUAAGUGGAAUUUAGGGAUCUCAUUUCUUAUGUUUUAAACAGUGUCUCCUUUGAUUUGUUGCUCCUAAUUUCUAUCUUGAAGAAAAUAGCAUCCAUGGGAAAAACACCACGGUGCUGUCAGUUAAUUGUCAGCUCAAGUUUCUAUCAAAUUUGUACUUCUUUGAUGUAUGGGUUAAGCAGUGAUCUGUGUUAACACGUAAACGGUAGACGUCUUAAUUGUCGUUUCGAGUGUUGUGACUACCUAAUGCUUAGCUAAUUUCCUCCGAGAGGCAGAAGUCAAUUUUCACCAUCAUUUGUCUUGUGUUGGAUGCGCUUGAUCAGUCUUAAUUGCACCUGUAAGGUGUCGCAUAACAGGGAUUUCUUUCAAAAGCACAGUUAGUGGAGUUUCAUCGGCUUGCCCCAGAUGCUUUAACCGCCUGUGCUUUUGGUCAGAUUCCCAGGAAAGUUUUCAUAGGCUGGCUCGCACUGGGGCGGAACGGAGAUGAGUGACAGCAUGGGUUGGGCAGACUUGGUGGGGUGCGAGUGAGAAGUGAUUGUGAUGAGUUACUGACACAUCGAUAAGCGCAAUUAUUUUCAUGAGGCAUGCUACAUAAGACAGCUGCAUGUGUUGUUUAACAUUUUUAUUUCUUUUUUGGUGAGGUUUGUGGUUCUCUGCUACUGUUGCUAACUGGUAGGCUUUUGAUGUUUCCUCGGUGUUGCUUUGGAAUGAAGCGUCUGCUAAAUGGUUUAAUAAAUAAAUCAAUUGGUGGAUCAGUAUGCUAACAAGGUCAUGGGUUUUGAAAAGGGAUUUACUGAUACAAGAUUUCUGUGCUGAUUUCGAUAUAUGAUUACUUAAAAUGACAUUUACAGAUACCAGUAGUUUUGCUUUUUACUUCUUGUUUCAAAUUAUUAUGUCAUGAAAUCCUAGAAGUGCAGAGCGUACAAACUGGAAUUUUGCCAUUGUCACCCAAUUCAAAAUAAUCACACAGUAUGAGUAUUGAUUGCUAGACAGGGCUCCAGACUAACUGUUUUCACUAGGAGCACAGUGGCCCCCAACUGAACAUUUUAGGGGCGCAACCAUAAAAUUUAGGGGCACAUACCGUAAAUCAACAUGCUAACCAAAUAUUCAUAUUUCUACUAAGUUAUACACUGUAUUACUAAUAAAUACUUUGAUGAUAGAUGCAGAAAGUACAAUGUGCUGUUUUAAAUUCAGUGUCACAUCACAAAAAAAGGUCAAAUUUACUGGUCGCAGAUGUGCGACUGGAUGUAAAAUUCAGUGGCACACUCUCAAUAUUUGGUGGCAGUAUGGAGCCCUUUAGGAUAGCCUAUAAUCUGCCCGAUUAUCAAUUGUUUUUUAACAAUAGUGUAAAAAAUUAUCUGAUAUAUCGGCCAAAAUAUCGGUGCAUCCGUAGUUUUGAAUACUUGAAAUACACUGAAUGUAAAAUGUAAAUCUAGAAUGCAUUGUGCAUUGCAUCGGAUAAAUGCAUAUGCAAACACCCAUAAAUGUUAAUAUGGCGCGGGUCAAACUUUUACCAAGUUUAUACAUAUAUAUAUACUAUACUGUGUUAUGCUAACUUACAAUGUUUUUUACUUGUAUAUGUCAUGUAAUAAAAAACAUAUAAAACAAAAAUGAAUAUAUCCGGUAUUUUGCAGUGGCGGCUUGUAACUGCUCAUCCGAGGGGCGCAGAUUCAAAAUAAGUGUUCGGAGUGUCAUUUGUUGCUUGCGCUUUCAAAAUAUGUGUUUGUUGCAUCAUGUGUUUUGUCAAAAUAAGUGCCUGCUGUACACGUGUCUAAACCGUUUAUUAUAAAAGAGACGCUCAUGUUCACAAAAUACACGCAAGGCACUCCCUUAACAGUCAACUCUGAUUACACAUGAGAUUAUAAGAGUAUCUGACAAACACGCGCAUCUCUUUUAUCAUAAACAUUUUUGACAUGUCUGCAGAAGGGACCUUUUUUAAGAAGACACGUGAUGCACAUAGGAUCACUCAACACGCAGAACACAUAUUUUGAAAAAAGGAACCACACACAUGACAGGACACAUACAUGAUGUGACGGACUUUGCAUCGAGCGCCCUCGAAAAAGAAGUUACCGGUCGCCACUGGUAUUUUGUCUCUUAAUUACUGAAGUCUCAUAUUUUCUUUUUUUUUAUAUUUUAAAAACAAAUGCAGCUUAAAAUCACAAGAGCCAAAUGUUAAUAGUUCAACUAUGAACAAAAAGUGCAAUUGUAAAUAAUCAGCACAUUUAUUUUUGUAUAUAUAAGUGUAAUGCAGAGCUCUACAACUUAAUUUGUUUAUUACAGUUUAACUUUCAUUAUUGUUACAUUUCAAGUAAACAUAUGCAUGCAAUCACAACAUUUAUACCACGGGUCUGUUGAAUGCUGUAUUCUGAUUGGCUGAAAAAUGUGUUCUGUGGGUAUGUGUUAAUUUCUAAAAACCGCACAUCUAACUUGUCAAAUGUCUUAAAAAUAGGCACCAGAGCAAUGUUUAUGCUAACUGUGGUAUAAGAGGAAUAAUUGAAUCCGGUCCUUUGAAUUAUUUGAAAAUAAUGCACACCCGCGGUGUAACGACACUCCGCGUCGUGCCGCAUUGUACCUUGGGUGUGCAUUAUUUUCUUAUAAUUCAAUGGCCCGUCGUCAAUUAUUCCUUACAUAACCUAGUCUUCUAAUGACUAAAAUUGCACUGCAUGUUUUCUUUUAUAAUAUUUAAAAAAUGUAGGAUAAUAACUUCCUUUCCAAUGUACACGGCAUUCGGACACGACUGUCAGGGUUCGCUCAUUCCAGCAAAGGAACCUUCAAUGUCCGAAUAUUCACCAUAGUAAAAUAAAUAAAUGAAUGCAAAUAAAUAUAUAAUAAACUAUAUACCAAGGGUUACUAAUAAACUUAAACAAAAAAGGAUUCAUGAUUAAUAAUUUUGACCCCGCACACACUUUUUUGAUUGGAACACACUGAUAUACAUCACAUCCGGUCGGCGUGUCGCAUGCGGUGGCUUGAGUAUUUUUUUUGCAUGCAAAGCUUAAAUAAACCAAAGACUCUCCUUCCAGUUUAUUGGCCGUCAUUUGUCGUGUACAGUGAAAAGGCGGCUUUAAAGUAACCACGGUGAUUUUAAACAAGUGCAUAAUAGGGUCCCUUGUUGGCAAACGCUAAUUAACACUAGCUCCGCCUCCCAAAGUUAUGUUAGAAUACUAAAGUUUAAAAAAGCUGAACUCUUAAAAAUGAAGGUGCUUAAAAGGUUCUUCACAGUAAUGCCAUAAAUAACCUUUUUUUUGGUUCCUAUACAAAAAAACAUUUAGUCAAAGGUUUUUUAAAGAACCAUUAUACAGAAAAUGUUCUUCUAUGGCAUCGUGAAGCAUGCUUUAUUUCUAACGGCUAAAGGACAAUAAAUCUUCGACUGUGACUUCAUAUGAUUCAAAGUGCAUGAAAAAUAAUAAUGAUACUAACAAGAGAAACAUCAGAUACAAUUGGUUACUUGUUAUAGUGCUAGAUUUUAAUGAUAUGAUUUUUUUUUAACAGUGAAACAAACUUCUUAUUCAAAAAAAUGAAAUCUCAUUGGAAUCUGCACUUUUUUUUAUAAUGUUUUAUGCAACUCGUCUAAAUGUUUACAUUUACAGUGGCCAUCCAGUUCUUUCAGUCAGAGCAACAAAAUUAUACUCAAUCACAUAAAUUUUGGGCCCGUUCCACUAAGUUUGACAAUUAAAAAGUGUUCAAGUACAGUUCGUCUUAAUUUUGAACAGUAAACGUAUUGUUGUAAAGUUUAAAACCGCUGCGGGAAGGGCGGAGAUGUGCCAGUACCUGCCCGUGCACACCUGUCGACUCUGUGUUCCUCAACAGCACCUUCGCCUUAGAUCAUCUCCUCUUCCUCCACGCAUGAGUUGUGCCUGGCUAGCGUGGAAAAAAUGUGGACCGGCUCUCGCCUUCCUUUUCCCUGACGCUUUGAAGUGUAAAGUGUGAUUGCUUUUGGAUCGCGGCCGUUCUCCUUGAAGGUUUUGACAUGAAAAGCUGCCUGGGCUCUCAGGUUUAUCCCAUUGCAAGUGAUCCAGGACUAAACCAAUCAGCUUAACGCCCGAGAGAUACAAUUACUAAAAGGGGGAAAGGGGCACUAAUGAUACUUAUCUUUAAACUAUAUUUCCUUCUAAUUGAGAAUCACAUUGUUAUCCUAUUUAUAUAUGAAUGCAUGUUGUGGUUAGUUAUCAUAGAUUCACGUGGAGGUCGGUCAGGAAGCCUGACUAGUAUUUUUUUGUUAAAAUGGGAGCUUGGUUUAGGUGAGUUGAAACAUUAGUGAUAAUGGAUCUUGCUCUUUGGACUUGUAAGUGUACAACAACUAUUUUUGUCUGCAAAUUAAAGCACUUUCCCAUGACUCAUGGACACUCAUCCAUCAUGCUUUGCUGUUUCAGGUGUCGUGUAUUCCUGAGUGUCACUCAGAUGAGUAUUAAUGAUAUUAUGGAUUGUUCCCUGUCUCUGUCAUCCGUGAGCCUGUGCUGGCCUAUCCUCAGCAGAAUUUGGCAAUAUCAGAGACUGCGUGGAUUGACUUGAAAUAUUUAAACCUUUUUAAUUUGUAAACAACUCUUGAUUCACUGUUUAAACCUGCUCGCGUCUCAUUGAAGUGUUUUUUCGUUGUAAAUGCAAGAAGCAUUUUCUAUUGCUUCAGAAGUUAUUAACCUUCUAAGUUAUGAGUUAAGAAAACCCAUGGCACACUAUGAAAGUCACCUGCUCAUUUAAAUGCAGGGUAAUGGCACCUCGAGUUAAGAAGCAAAUCAAAUAGCGUGUUAUGUUUAUUGUUUGCAGCCCAGUCUAUUUCCAGUCUUGUUUUUCAGUGAUUCGCUUUAAUUAUGAUUCUGAAUUGAAACAAUUGAGAUGAGUGACUUCACUCUCUGUGGUAUUUUCACGUUCUUGUCUUAUUGUCUACCUCUCUUAAACGCUUUGAGCACAGAAUUGAAAUCUCAGUUUGUCUAAUAUGCAACAGAGACCCAUUUCUCUGCCAAACAUUAUAGUCCUCUGUUGAUACUCUUGUUACAAAUCCUUUUGUGUAUUUAAAUGACUGCACACUAUCUCAUAUAACCGUCAGACUAAAAGAUCAAUAUAAACCUGCAAGAACUGCUGGCGUUGUUCCAUAGUGUCUCCUUCAAUUGUAUGGGAAAAUUGUAAAAUCAGCCUGCAUGGUGCUUGCUAAGGAAAGCAUUUCUAAAACAAGAUACCUUAAUUACAUGCAACUAACCCUAAACCAAACCCUAAUCCUUAAAACAAUUGUGAGAUACCUGGUUGCCUUUUAUUUUCAGUUAAUUUAACAAAAUAAAUAUUAGUUAACAUCUUGUUAACCAUUAUUACUCAGUAUUAAAUGUAUAAUUACACUGUAACAUGGAUACCGUAAACAAUCCUGCCAGUUUGUUGGUGCAAAAAAUGAAUUCAGUAUAAGCCAAGGCAUUUGCAAAUAAUUAUCAUUCUAAAGGAAUGAGGAAAGCAGGUUAGGUCUUAGAUCCCUCAAUGUUUUGACAGAUGUCUGAGGGUUUUUUGUCCUGUUUUGUCCUUGUGGCCUAUGAAGACAGUGACUCACCCAGGCCAGAUCAGCCCAGCUGUGUGCCGUCAAUGUUCGGAUCUGAUCAAAGUUAACGCAGGAUUAACGGUUAGCUGAUGCUGGUGACAGCUCCUGAAUCUCUCUGUAGUCUGAUCUUAUUAACGAAUAGAGCAGGUGAAGAUGAUGGUGAGGUGAAAUGUUGCUGAGAAUUAAGUAGCGUACUUAUGUUUUCAUCUCAUUACGACAGGAAUGCAGAUGUUGGGAUUCUCUAGAUUAAUUUAUGCUAGUUUUAACCAUAUUAAUCAUUUACUCCCUCUAAUUUUUUGUAAAACUGUAUGAGUUUCUAUAUUAUGUUAAAUACAAUAAUAUUAGGUUUUGAUAAAUAAUUGUAAGCACACACUUGACACAGCACCCAUUGAUUUCAAAGUAGAAAAAAAUACUAUGGAAGUCAACUGUGCGGUUAACAUAAUAUAUUAAAAUAUCUUUUUUUGUGUUCAACAGAAUAAAGAAACUCAUACAAGUAGAACAACAUGAGGAGAAGUAAAUAUUGACAACAUUUUUGAUAAAGCUUAUAUUUUUAAGCGUUACCAAAUAUUUAUUUAUUUAUAGUUUUUUCACCUUAAAUUUUUCGCUUAAAGUAAAUAAAAAGUGUUACCAAUUGUUGCAAAGUAAUUUUUUAAGAUUCAACUUUCACUUUGUACCUGGAAGCUGUAUGCACAAUAAAAACCAGACUGAUCUUAUGGAAAGUUGUGUUUUAGUCACGCAAAAUUUGAUCAAUUUAUUCGUGUCCAUGCCGCGAAAUUCUUGAGCACCAAUGUUUUUUUCGUGACGAAUUUCUAGUUUUUUGUGUCAUUUUAUGUAUCGUUUUCUCCUAUUUUCUUACCAUUGUCGCUUGGGGUUGGGGUUAGAAUCGCUUUGUUAAAUUUUUAGACAUCCAAACCCCAACCCCAACUCCAGGCGAGAAUAGUUUUAAAAGCGAAAGAAAAACAUUUAGAAACCAAGUACAUCCUAACCCAAACCCCAAAUCUAACCCCAAGCGACAAUGAUUCAAAAAAAUGAGAAAACAAUACAUAAAAAGACACGAAAAAGAAAGUGGUGCCACGGACACGAAAAACUAUUUAUAGAAAUUUGUGCGAGUGUCACGACAAAGACAUUCGUGAUCAAGGCACGGAAAAAGCUGAAUUUCGCGCCAUGGACACGAAUACAUUGAUCAAAUUUUGAGUGACUAUAGACGGUUUCAUCUGACGUACGUGCGGUGACGCAAUACGCGUCUGGUCCGAACUUUACUUCCGUUUUCAGUUUUUUUUAAUGGUUUUAACUAGGCUAAACUGAACUCUUAAACAAAUACCUUGUCGAAAAUAACAAAUGUUUUGGUCUCCUAGGUAAUUGUGUGGUUUAUUUUGCUUGUUAUAUAAAUUAACUUAGUUUAAAAUACUUUCUUGUUAGUUAUUCUUAGUGAAGUUUACCUGAAGUGUGGACCAAGAAAGCGGCUUGUUUAUGUUGUUACUGCUGAAACUGUCUAUAACACGACUUUCCAUGAGAUCAUGUUUUUUAAAUGUAACAUUUUUUUUAAGGUAGCAUUAGCCGUUAGCUUUUUACUGGAGAAGUUAAACUUUGUUAAAAAAACGCAAUUCUGUUAAAGCAUCUGUAGUUGUUACUGAAAUGAAUGAUUAUCAAUCAUCUGCUAACCUCCUCUUGAAACAUCGUUGUGUUUUGACCUCAAUGCUAAUCAAUUCUUUACAAUGUCCUACCAUCUGUUUUAAGUUUGUAUAAUUCAUUGCCACAAUAUAUGUUUAUAAAACACAAUUUCUCCAACCUGUUGAAGUUAAUAGCUUGACAUUCCUCUCAAAGCGCAGUUCGGUCUUAGUCGGGAAAGUGAUCUGUUUUCAAAGGCCAGAGAUCCGUGACCCAAAUCUAUUGUUGGUGAACUCUGUCCAGAGCUCACAACUAAACAAUACAGCUUGUUUGGACAGGUGAUCUUAUUCCUGAUGUGAAGAAGGCUUCGAGUGAGAUAACAGGCUUAGGCAUCUAUUGGAACAAAGGUAUCGGUUUUAAUCCGACAUGCAGCAGAAUUCCCAGUCGGCACACAUCCUCUAUUUUAAACGCAAAGACGAUGUUGAUUAUGAAAACUCAUCAAAGGAUUUUUCAUUCAGUCGUGUUGUAUCGCAAAUGAAUGUCAUGCAAACAUCCAAAUGCCGCGAAUGGGCUUGUAAAUGAAUGUCAAUUAUGUGGCCCAAUUAGUGUGAUGUGUUUACUGUGUAAACAGAGGCUGUUUGUUUGCGCUCUCCGCAGAUUUUAGCCGAAGCUCUGUUUGUGUUGGGUGUUUCUUAUUGAACGUUUCUCAGCUGCGAAACCUUUUGAUUCUCCCUUAAUGAUUUAAUAUCCAUCUGUUUUAUCAGUGCGUUUUAAUGACUUGCAGACGAUUAUAACAGCAGCAAAAUGAAAGCGCACUAACAGGUCUCGCCGGUGUUCGUACGUGUCUCUGGAAGCGUCUCCGGCUUUCGCCAUAUCUUCUCGCCACACUCCAAUUCCAAACGUCUGGUUUGUCAUAUUAAUAAGCGAAUGCUGAAGAGUGUCUGAACUUGCCUAUGGAACAUUUCAGUAAGACGGGCCUUUCUUUACCCCUCCCCAAAUAGAAAUGGGGGAUGUUACUCAUUUGCUCCUUCAGAGCGGCCGAGGUGUAGAUUAGAAGGCAUUAGGUGUCACUAUGGACAACUGCUGAAGAGUGAUGCUGUAAGAAGCCUCUCUCAAAUGAACCGUGGAGUCUGUGGUCCAUUAUGAUUGGGUGCUUUCUUCAAACCCGUCUCUGUUUUACUUGGAUGAGGUGAGUCACGUGACUUGGUGAGAGGGUGGGACGCCCAUGAAAGUGGAACUCACACCUGACUCAGGUGAGAAAAGCUGUCUGUACUGUGGAGCAUCAUACAGUAAGGUCUCAUGCCCUGCACCUUUGGACAAUUCUGGUAUAGUAGGUUCUCCUAACAGGAUCUCUUCCAUUUUUUUAAUAACUCAUCACCUUAAGAAGGAUCGGUUGGAAAAGCUUUGUACAUGCAGAAUUGAACAUUCACGUUUCCUCUGUCAACUUUCGAUAUUGAUCUACUGCUAAAGUUUAUCCAGUAUCUUCAUUGAAGGACCUUUGCCGAACCUAGGCCAUGUUUGGCACUGGGCAUCUGGUGUCUCCUCUAUCUCCGGCAUUCCUCCACUCUUCGGCUGCACAAUUCUUCCCAGCCUUUCCCGGCAGGUUAGGUUCACCGCAGAUCCUCAUCCCCGGACCUCUGAUCAGCUAUGAACUUCUGCGCAGCUACCUGCAGCCUGAACCCUGCAAGCAGGCUCUGCUAAUGGCCUCUCAGUCCUCAGGGCACCAUGCUGAAAAUAUUGAUGAACCCCGGCCAGUGAAGCAGCGGCGAGCUCGGGCCAACUACAGCAGCUGGCAGCUGGAGGAACUGGAGAAGGCCUUUGAGAGCACACACUACCCCGAUGUCUUCAUGAGAGAAGCACUGGCUCUUAGACUGGACCUGAUUGAGGCCAGAGUGCAGGUGUGGUUCCAAAACCGCAGGGCUAAAAUGCGCAGACAGAUGAAACUCCAAAGCCAGCCAGGUGAGCAGUGUUGCAGGCGUGACGGUGACAACAGACAGGCUGAUUCGUCCAGCAGAAAUCCCAGAGCUCCAGAUCUCCGCAGCAGCAGUCCAUGCUGGGAAAGGAAACAGGACAGUGGAAGCCCCAUUUGGCCCAAACCCACCUCAUCAGGUAUCCACAGCCCCGUGAGCAACAUGCUUCAGGGUGCUGGAGAUCAGGACGGGUCAGAGGUGUCUAGUCCUGAGGACUUCCGCUGCUGUAGCAUUGCCAAGCUGAGGGCGAAGGCCAGGGAUUAUGAAGCAGAGAUCCACAGCACUGUGGCCAAAGCAAGCAGAGAGAGGAAGCUGAAGACACAAGGAUCUGCCAGAGUUCUGGACAAAGACUAAGCAGAUGUGCCAGUGUCCAAACUCGUUCAUUAAUCCAGGAUCACACGGGACAAGAGGACAAAUCACAUUAAAUAUAUAAUUUAUGGUCACUUUGACAUUAUUUUACCCAAAUAUACUUUCAGGACUGAAAAAAGUAAAACGCUAAUAGAUUUGUAUUGUAGUUUAUACUCUUGAUCUUCAAAAUGUCAUUUUUUAUUUGUGAAGCCAAUAUGUCCUGUAAGUCUUUUAGUCCUAUAUUGUAUUUGUUGGGUGCAAGUAUGAUGUAAAUAUUGUGAUUACUUUAUGCAGACAUUUUGUAAUGUUUUAAAUAACAUUUUAGUAAUUUGUAUGUAAAAUCAAGUAUCUGUAUUAUUUUUUAUACUGUAAAAAUAUUAUCGAAUCACUUAAUAAUGGCCUUCAUGUGGUAGCAUCUAAAGCUGUUUUUACUGAAGUCAAAAUAUCAUUUAAUAUAAUAGCUAUUUCAUGUAACAACUGCACAUUUUUACUUUUUACAGUGUUCAUUAUAUUUCGUAUGUUUAUAGCAUUUAUAUCUUAAAAAAAUACUUGUGCAAAGCCAUAUAUUUUUAAGUUUUCUGCCUCAAUGUAUAUAUACAAAGAUAAAAAUUUCUAAAUGUUUGCUGAAAAUGUUUUAAAGUAAAAGUCUAUUGGCUAGUAAACACUCAAAGAGGAAACACUUGAUGAUGUCAUUGAUGGCCGUCUCUUCUCAGCUAUCCUGUUACUCUCUGUGGAAACACAGGAUGUCUGCAAGCUGCCACAAGUCCUCGAUAAACAAAGGAAAUGGCAGAAAAGUGCCUGCCCUUUUGACAAAUGUGCUCUUUAAAGACUGCACAACACUAAAUGUAUAUUUUAACAACAGUUGAUUGUGCAAAUGAUAAAUCGGAUGAAUUUGUAUUAUUG